AUGCUUCCUGAUAAAAAAUGUGGGGACUUGUCUCAGCUAAAUCUUGCUAUUGUAAGGAAGAGACUUCUGCACAUUGUGGGGUGGAUCUCUCAUAAGGAUAUGCACAAGUAUGAGAAGGAAGCCAAACAGCAGGGGAAAGGCUCAUUUGCCUACGCAUGGGCAUUAGAUGAAAGCGUUGAGGAAAGGGAAAGAGGAAUAACUAUGGCUGUUGCAGUUGCUCGUUUUGAAUCAAGGAAAUUUCAUGUUGUUAUGCUUGAUUCACUAGGGCAUCAAGAUUUUGUCGCAAAUAUGAUAUCUGGUGCUACACAAGCAGAUGCUGAUCAUGCUGUGAUACUUGUUGUCGAUGCAUCUAUUGGUUCUUUUGAGGUAGGUAUGGGUUUAAAUGGAGUUGGGGGACAGACAAAGGGGCAUGCACAACUUAUCCGAAGUUUUGGUGUUGAACAACUGGUUGUUGCUGUUAAUAAGAUGGAUUUUGUAGGAUAUUCUAAAGAAAGAUUUGAUUCCAUGCAGCUGGGUGGAUUUCUCCGAUCUUGUGGAUUUAGAGAAUCACAUAUUUCAUGGGUACCUUUGAGUGUUAUGGAGAAUCAGAAUCUUGUUGCAGCUAUAACUGAACCUCGUUUCUCAUGCAUUCUUAUAUCUGCAGAUGAUGAUGAAGAUGUGCAUUGUUAUAUCGUAGAUGAUGAUGAAGAAGACGUGGUUCUCAUUUAA